ACCUAUUCCAGUAUAUGUAUUGUUUAAUAGUUUCGCAUUAUAACCUAGAAAUUUCUUCAUGUGGUUCACGUGAUUUUUAACAUCGCAGUAGUUGUAAAGAAUUACAUUUGUAGGAUGUAUAAUCACGUAAGGAGAUGUCUGAUUGUCUCGGUAAAAAUUCAUAGGAAAUUUUUAACACAAUCGAUCCAUGAACGUGUUUCAUCAACUCAGAUUAACCAUUAUAUUCAUCGUUGGAAUGAUGCGACAUAUAAGCGAUUUUGUAGUGAAGCCGCAAUCAAGAUAGAAAACAAUGAAGCAAACAAUGAAGCAAAUAUUAGUCCGAAAGAUUUAACUCAGCAGAAGUUUGAUCAGUUUCUGUCUGAUCCUGAAAAUAAGAAAUUAUAUGACAUAUUACAAUUAGAAAUAAAUGUUUUACGAUACAAUGCAGAGCGUAUACCUGAAAAUAUCGAACCAAAAGAUUGGUUAAUGCUCUUCACUAUGAAAACCAAGUCAAAAAGAAAAAAAUAUCUUCUAUUUUUAUGGAAAACUGAGAGGUCGAAAGAAAAUUUGAAAGCAAAGAAGGAAUUAAAGAAGGCUGAAAUGCUAACUAGAUGGGAAGAAAGAAAAAAAGAAAAAGACCAAGACACUGGUGAUAUAAAAUAUGGACUCUUUCAAAAUACACUAUUUUUGCGUAUAUAUCCAAAGACCAUGCAUGAUUGGUUAAAUGCUAGAUUAAUACGAAAUAUGAUGUUUGAACCAAAACUUGUGUUUGAUUGUAGUUAUGAGGCUCAUAUGAACUCAAGUGAAAUUCAUAAUUGCGCCAAACAACUGACCAUGGCAUUUGCCAAAAAUCGCAGUCACGAUAGCCCCAUGUGUUUUUACUUCUGUAAUUUAAACAAAGAUGGAAUGCUUAAACAGUUCUUCCACCGCAACAUGCCUAACUUAAUGGAUGAUGAUUUUCCAGCUUUUGUAACAUCGCAAUCCUAUUUAGAAAUUUUUCCAAAAGAUCAGUUAGUGUAUCUUACUCCACAUUGUAAAACAGAUAUGGUUGAAUAUGAUCCUGAUUUGGUAUACAUCAUAGGUGCAAUGGUAGACAAGAGCAAUCCACAACCCUUUUCUCUAGCAAAAGCCAAAAGGUAUGGCAUUCGCAUGGCUAAAUUGCCCUUAGAGAAGCAUUUAGCAUGGGGCACAAGUUCCAAUAAAAAUUUAACCAUUGAUCAGAUGACGACAAUAUUAUUGGACUUAAAACAUACACGAAAUUGGGAGAAAGCGUUAAAACAGAAUGUACCAUGUAGAAAGUUAAAAGAAGCUAGAGAAAAUGCAUUACAAAUGAAAGUGAACAAAUUUUCACGCUUUCAAGCACAGAAUUUUCAGUCUCAAAAUAUAGAAUCCAAUAUUCAGACUCAAAAUACAGAAUCCAAUAUUCAGACAGAGUUAACAUUUCAUAAUAGAAAAAAAAUGUAAUAUAUUAUUAAGAAAAGUUUUUUAAUGUAAAAUAUGUAAAAUUACAUGGUAUA